GUGUGGGCCUACCCGGGAUGACAAGUAGCGAAGGCGCAGGGUCCGCACCGUCAGCUCAACGCGAUGGAUAUGACAAGACAUGCAUUUUCUGUAAGAUUGCGAACAACGAAGCUGACACCGAAAUAUUGUACUCUGACCGGGAGUUAGCCUGUUUCCGGGAUGUGAAACCUGGAGCUCGACAUCACUACCUGAUUGUGCCCAAGAAACACAUUGGGAAUUGCAUGACACUCCGGAAGGAACAUGUGCCUUUAGUGGAGAACAUGGUGGAAAUGGGGAAGAGUGUGCUGCAGAAACAUGUCACUGACAUUGAAGACGUCAGGCUGGGCUUCCACGUGCCUCCCUUCACCUCUGUGCCUCACCUGCACCUCCACGCACUGGCACCUGCCAGUCAGAUGGAUGCCAGUUCACUCCACAUGUAUGGACCUCAGUCAUGUUGGUUCAUCACAGCUGACAACUUGCUGAAGAAGCUGAACUCACAGAGCACUUUCAGGACAAAACCUCGCAGAUUUUUUGAAGCGGUUUGGCGAUGA